UGUGCGCGCACAUUGUGACAUCAGCAUCCCCUCUGUGUGGAUAUAAACCUACUUCCAGAGCAGGUCCUUUUCUGAAUGACUCUCCGCUACAGCCAUACACCUCAACUCCAUCCACCUCACAGGAUAAGCAGAGGCAUGCCAAGACACUUCAGCUCUCCCUAGACCCAUAGACUAAAUCCACUUAGUAACUCUAGUCUAUCAUACUUUUUAUACUCUAGUAGCUAGCCAUCGGAACAGAAGAUUCUCUUUAGAUUCUCCAUUCAAGCAGAGGGACAACCUGAAGCCUGAUUUUCUGUCCGUCCUACACCCGAGGUUCCUAAAGCCUAAGGAUACUUGGCUCUUCUCCACAUUAUUGACGUCUGUCCCAGCCUAGGACUCAGUGAUCGACAUCUGUAUGAUGACCAUGAGGGUGUGUACGGUGCUCUAUGCCCUCUUGUUACUGCUGUCACGGACUCUAUCCAAAACACACGUUGGGUAUCCACAGCGCUCCAUGGAGAUAAAUCCAGACAUCGAUGCCUCGUGGUACACGGAACGAGGGAUCCGACCAGUAGGACGUUUUGGGCGACGGACGAACGGGAGAAUCCAAAGGCUGGCCCUCGCCACACAUAGUCUGUGUUCCCAACAUGGAAAACGAAGACUGGCGAACGGAUUAAUUACUUCAUGAAACUGUUUUGCCUCUUUAUUUCUCUUCUUGUUUGUAUUUUAAGAAGUGAUAUGAUUGAAUAAAAACAUUUAGAAACUAA